GAGGGGCCAGACUGGAGCGAGUGGGUGCAAAGCUCGGACAAGCGAUCGGAGUGGUGAACAGAGAGAAAAUAUGGAGAGGACGGCAGUUUAACUAAAAUAUCGGGAGCGGAGUUUAAUGACAUUACUGAUUAAUGCUGCAUCGUGUUUAUUACUGCGGGAAUCAGUCGGCGGCUGUCCGGCUCACAUGAUCGGGCCAUGGAGACGGAGAUCACAGAAGGUGAUGUGCCACCCUAUUACCGAGAAGUAUAUGAAGCAAUUUGCUGUAAGCAGGAGGACCGAGUCCAGGGAAGUGUCUUUCACAAGCUGUUGAAUAGAACGAAGCUGCCACCCAUUAUACAAAACCAGAUUGCUGAACUAGUAGAAUCAUCAAAGGAAGAACCUCUCUCAAAGUCUGCUCUGUACAAAGGUCUGGUGUUGAUUGCCCUAGCUCAACAGGGGAAACAGCCUUCAGCCAAACUGUUGGAGAAUAUUGCACAAGAGUUUCCAAAGCCUCAAUUGGGUGAUGUGAGUGAGCUGGAGUCGCUCCGGAUGCAGGAUAGGGGGAAUCCUAUUCUCCUGUCAUGGACUCUACAAGACCUGUUGCACAUCGACAUGGUACAGGUGGAACUAAUUCCUGAGAAGAAGGGUCUAUUCCUGAAACACGUGGAGUAUGAGGUUUCCAGUCAGCGAUUCAAGUCCUCUGUUUAUAGACGAUACAAUGAUUUUGUGGUGUUUCAUGAGGUGUUGCUCCAGCGAUUUCCAUAUAGGAUGGUGCCAGCGCUGCCGCCAAAGAGAAUGCUAAGAGCUGACAGGGAGUUCAUUGAAUCUCGGCGGCGAGCUCUGAAGCGUUUUGUUAACUUGGUGGCUCGUCAUCCAUUUUUCUCCAAAGAUGAAAUUCUGCAGAUUUUCCUGUGUUUCAGUGGUCCUGAUGUUCAAAAUAAAAUCCGUGAAUCAUUGCGAGGGAUGGGUGAUGAGUUCCUGACAUGUGGCAUUGCACCAACAGCCAAGGAACUUCUGCCUCCAGAUAUCCAGGCUCAAUUUGGUGCCAGUAGGGAACUGAUACGAAACAUUUACAGCAGCUUCCAUAAGCUAAGGGACCGGGCAGAGAGGAUGGCAUUUAGAUCUGCUGAAAACGCUUCUGAUCUCCUGCUGUUCGGCAAGGAGUUGAGUACUCUGGGCUCUGACACAACACCAGUUCCAUCGUGGGCAUUGGCUACAAGCAGCAUGUGGGGAACCUUGAAGCAAACACUUAAAAGCUUAUCUGUGGAGUUUGCUUUACUUGCUGAUAAAGCUGCAAGGCAGGGUAAACGAGAAGAGGAGGAAGUGGUGGAAAAACUCAAUAUCUUUCUGGAUUUAUUGCAGUCCUAUAAGGACUUGUGUGAGCGGCAUGAGAAAGGUGUCCUUCACGAGCACCAGCGAGCAUUACAGAAAUACACCUCUAUGAAACGGCAGAUGAUGAGUGUAACUGUGCAGAGCAAGGAGCAGAUUUCUGUGGAGCAACUGGAAUCACGAAUCUUACAGCAAGAAAACACCAUAUUGACCAUGGAACUUCGGAACUACUUCUCCUUGUUUUGCCUGCACCAGGAGACUCAGCUCAUCCACAUCUACCUGCAUAUCACUUCCCAUGUGCUGACAGCUUUCAUCGAUUCCCAGAUUCAAGGGCACCAUGAGAUGAGUGAAGUGUGGAAGGACUUGAAACCGAAGUUGGGAGGCCUCUUGACCAAUGGAGUGCCAUCAUCUGCUUAGGUUCUAGUGAAUGAAUAGGGUCCAAUUCCCUCUUUUCCCAAAAUGACAUAUCAUUUUUGUGAUUCUGUAUGCAAUUUUUUUUCCUCCUCCAAAAUGUAUUCCUAAAUGGCACCUACCAAGGGGACAAACAAAUAUAAAUCCACGUGUGUGGGACUGUCAUACAUUCGUGUACAUUAUCGUGGGCUAUCCGAACAACAAUUACCCCCCCUGAUCUGGAAAACUAAACUGAACUUGCUUGAAUCUGAAAUACAAACAGCAAUGCUAGAUGAGCUCAGCCAGUUGAACAGAAAGGAAAACUGUGUUUCAGGUUGAAGAUCCUUCAUCUGAACUGAGAAAGCAAUUUAGUCUAAGUAACAGAAAAGGUGGAGGAGUGCAAUGAGUGUAACAAAAAUGAUAAAGAGUGGUGAGGAAAUAGGAUGUACAAUUGGCAAGUUCUGAUAUAAAGGAAUUUAACUGUCUAGUCAAUGUGUCCGUCAUUUCAUCCUAUUACUGACAUUCUUUGUACCACCCAUUGCCCUCCUAUACACAUAAUAUAUAUAGUAAACUAACUUGCUUUUAUGAUUCUGAAGCUUCUUCAACCUGAAACAUUAACUAGUUUCUCUUUCUUAUAGAUGCUGCCUGAUUGGCUGAACUCUUUUAGCAUACUUGUUUUGAUCCCACUCUAAUCUGUGUGCUUUAGAUUUAUGAGCAAAGUUUGAUGUAGUUUUUGAGGAUGAGUAUGUUGAAGCAGGUAGCCAAUUCUCUUGGUUUGAUUUUGAUGUGUCCAUCAAGCCUGAGGCACUGGUUGAGUAGAGGAUGAGUGGUAGAAAUCAACUGAGGAGGACCUUCACCUGUCAAACUGGGGAUAGGUUACAAAUAAUCCUGCACUGCUAUAAUUUACAUUGUGACUUUGACUUGUAAAUCGUAGUUGGUUGUCUUAAUGUACAUAAAUCUAUAUGGUUGGAAGGAUUCAAACCAAGUGGUUGUUAUCUUCUGAGAUUGUGUUGAAACAGAGCUUGACUGCUAUUUUUCUAAAGCACCCCAGUGGCCCUUCAUUACACCAUCAACCACAACUGAAGUAUCUGAUCAGAAGUAGUGUUGGAUCUAGCUUACCACAAAGCAGAAUGGUUUUAAAAUGGGGUUAGUGAUUUUGCUUCUUUUAAAAGCUGCCCAAUUUUGUGCAUUUUCAUGUCCAUGAACUGACAUGGAUUUAAAGGUUCAUCAAGAGCUGCAUAUGCUUGCCGUGGCUUUUGAAAGAAUGUGAGCAUAACUAUGUUCUAAUUAAAAUGCUCUAUUGGGUAUUGAACCAGACAUGUUUAUUAAGUUGCAGGGUCCUUGAAGAUUGGAUUAUAAUGCUGACUCCUGAACCACAACCAUAUUCUUGUCCUGACGAAGGGUCUUGGCCCGAAACGUCGACAGCGCUUCGCCCUAUAGAUGCUGCCAAGCCUGCUGUGUUCUACCAGCAUUUUGUGUGUGUUGUUGUUUGAAUUUCCAGCAUCUGCAGAUUUCCUAAUGUUUGUUCUUGUUUAGAAUAGGUUGAAACUCAUAAUCUCGAUGUAAAUCCUUCUUUUCAAAUUGCAGGAAAAAACACAACUGAGCAGCAAAAUGUGCCUAGAAUGCGACCUGACUGUGUGAGUGAGUGUGACUGUGUGAAUACUUUCCAUUGUUCUGUUGGUGCCUGCCCGAUACCCCUUCAGCUUUGGUGUGUGUGGCUGUUGAAUAUAGCUUGUAAGAAAGCUUGUGAUUAUUGGUUUGAAAUGCCUCCAAUACAUAGAAUGAUAGUACCUUGAUAUUAUGUGAUAUUAUACAAAAAUUAAAAUUAAAAUAUAGUGAAAUGAAAAUAUAACCUGCCCUGGUUCAAACUGCAAGUGAUAGGUGCUUCCUGUUCUCCAAGAUGGUGCUGUGGAGUCCAUUUCUCUUGUUCCACUACUUGCUUCCUGAAGUAGGGGAACUCCCUCCCCACCCCUUUACAUUAGCUAGUAAUUGUGGCCAUUUGCACAUGACAGUAAAUUGAGAGGGGUGGUGGCAGCAGGAAGACAAAUUGGCUUCUCCUCGUCUUUCACAUUAACAGUUGGAUUAUUUACUUAUCUAUUGAUGCAGGCAGCCAGCACCGGGAUUGUGUAGUAUUCCCAUAUUCCAUAUGGAAUUUGUUGGUCAAAAUUGAUUUGCUUUCCCCAUACUCUAUCGAUGUAACUUUCAAACUGCCACCCAGAAAUAGCGUUUUCAGUUUUUGCCAGAAAAUUUCUUUGUAUAGUAUUGAACCUCUGUUUCUACCUUCUGAUGAAAGUGAAAUGCUAGGGUAUUUUUUAAAGAGCGAUGGAGUUCUUUGCCAGUAUUUAUUGCUUAGACAUUUUCUUCUGUGCAAACCAAACAUCUGGUCAUAAUCAUAUUGCUAUUGUGGCAGAAUGUUGUAUCUAACUGAGCAUUGUUUCUUUAAACAGUGUAACAGUGACUGCAUUCAACAAUACAAGUACUUCAUUAUAUGUACUUGUAUAUAACAUGAGUUUUACAAAUGUAAUCCGUUUUUACGCAAGAGUGGAAAAAUGCAGAUGUAUGUCUCCCAGACUGCUGGUGAGCCUUGCAGAACACCAUUAGCAAGUUGUAUUGUGUAACUGCGAUUAUGUUACUGGUUUAAAAAUAGUGAGGGGAGAGGAUUAUUGAUACACUAAACAUUAAGUCACAGAGGGGUCUUUUGGGAAUUGGCAAAAGUUGAUUGUAUUUUCUGUUUUGCUGUUUCUUGAUUGCAAAUGGAUCUGCAAUUCUAACCUUUCACCAUCUACGUUUUUACUUAGUGGUGGCAGGAUGGCUGUGAGAUUAUGUGAAGAGAUAUUUUCAUCACUAAGUCAGUGGUUGCUCUUAGCAAAUAGGAAAUUGAUAAGUGACAGGAAUGGGAAGUUUGAGAGGUCGUGUGUUUUAAGUAACUGCUUGCAGAACCCUGUUGUGGGCAGAUGCCUCUCACACGCCAACUGAAAUGGAAGUUUAUUUUGAACAUUUAAUCAGUAUGCCUGCUGAAACCACAGUGGAAAUGAGGCAGGUUCUCAUCAAUAUUUUUACAAUCAAUUUAAGUAAGUUGCCAAAUAGUUGAUUCAACUGUUUAAGAGGUUGAAAGCAAAUACUGCAGAUUUUGGAAAUCUGAAAAUGGUGUAGAUCUGUGGUGAGAGGAACCAUCAGAAAGGGCUGCAAAUACCCUGCUGAGCAGUAAGGGGGAAAAACUGAUGAAAACAGUAUAAGUUCAAAUGAAAGGUCAUCAAAAUAAACCAUUUACUAUUCACUUCACAAAUUCUGACUGAUCUGCUGAGCAUUUCUUCUGUUUUUAUUUAGUUUCUACAACAGAUAGAAUUUGAGACUAAAAGUACAAUACCUGUGGAUAAAAGCAGAAUUACAUCAGCAAGUUACAGUAACUGUGGCCAGUUGCCUUUUUUAAAUUCUGUGCAUAAAAUAAUCCCAACCAUAAUUUGAGUGGGGUGGGGAUGUCCACAGUUGUUUCCACUCAGAUUGGUAAUUCUGGUAUCAAUUAAUGAAGUUUUUAUUAAUCUGAGUAAGCCACUCCAGUACAAAUGUUUUCUUCUACUUGGAGAUUGUCCCUUUGAUUUUGGGCUGAGGUUGAAAUCUAGCAAUUUGCCAAUGAGACUUGUAUUACAUUUUCUAGACUGGAUUGAAUGUAAAGUUUAGUACCCGUAAUCCAGAUAAUAGUAGAAAAAACAUUUAAUUUAGCUUUAAGAAUUGAUCACCUUGCUUGAAAUUUUAGAAAAGAGAAACAUUGUAAACUUUCAGUAGUGCUUCUUGUAGUGGUCUCCUUUGAUGUUAUCAAAAUAUUGAUUUAAAGAAUUCUCAGAUGUCAGAAUAAAAUUUAUCAAUUGGGAUUCUUGUUUGUAGAAGAGUAUAAAACCCUACAAUAUACUUCCUGGAUAAUAUUCUAACAUUUUCAUUAAUUAAAUCAUGUACCACUUGGGAUUGACCUUUGGUUUGGGCACUGUAGCUCAUUUUGCCUGUGCUUUGCGGUCAGUUAUUCAUUUAUGAGCAAUGGAUAUCUUGUGUAUGGUUGUGGGGAGGAAGGAAGAAGGUAAUGACACAGGAAGCUUUUUGGGAGUUGUUUACAGGGAAAAAAACAUUUAAGUCUAAAUGAUUCUGCAAAACCUGGAAAAUUAAGUGUUUAUAAUAAUUGUAAAAUUAGCCUUGUAAACGUGCUAUCUGUAUUCAGUUGAUAGGGGUGUUUAAUAUUUGGUGCACUUUAUUAAGAAACAUUUGUUAAAAUCUUUGCAGAUUUAAAGUAUUACAAAAUAUUAAGCAAGCUGAUGGUUUACUAUAUAUAUUUACUAAGUAUAAGAAAUAUAUAUUCAAUAAAUUGUAUAAAUAAACUUUUGAAAUAGUGUGUUUGUUCUAAGAGCUGAGUACAGAAUAUAAAAAAUCUAACUUGAAAAGUUUUGAUAGAAGACACCACUAUAUGGAACGUGCUGGUAUCAGAAGACUUAAUAUUGCUUUCAGACUGGGUGCUUACGGAGGCACUAGACACCGCAAAUGCUGGAGUUUACAGUCCUGAUGUUGGGUUUCUGUCUAAAAUGUUGACAAUAACAUUACCCCAGAUGCCGCAUGGCCUACUGAGUUCCUCCAGAACAUUACUGACCUGGUGUUAAGUUUCUGAAUUUGCAUCCUUGCCAAGGGGGAAGUUCUCAAAGAGCAGAAAAGGUAAAUGGGGCAAACAGUAUCUUGCUGUUGUCGAAUAGUGAACAGUUGAAAAGACCAAGAAGUUGAAUUUUUUUUUUUAAAUCUGCUGCUGGCAAUUUUAAAGAAAUUAUUAUUUUUAUUAGCACAGGAAUUGUAAAGAGAUAAAGGAGAUGAUUGAGACUAGGUGAAACUGCAUUAAACCUAGAGUGCAAAAUUAAAAGUGGGUGGCAGAAAGCUGCAAAUCCAUCUCAGAUUUAGAAUGGAAGAACUUUGUGUCACACAAAACUGCCAAGAGAAAUUGGUUGAGGACAUUAUUUCCCUUAGUGAUGAACCUUUUGAUUUGCCUGAAAGAAUAAUGGAAAAUGUCACCCAGCAGUGUUUUUGUAAAAAUGUGUUCCAUUCCAUGACCAGAUGGGAGAGUUUCUGCUAGUGGUAUCAUUAGUAUUGCCCUUCCUGUAUGUUGAAGGUUGGCUUACAGCUCUCUAGCCAUUGAAACCAUUUAUUGAAAAUUAGCAACAAGUCUGUUACUUGGAACUGUACCCUCAAAAAUGGGAUCCAAGGGAAAUUGCUUUGUGGAUCCAGAACUGCCUUGCCCACUGAAGGCAAAGAGAGGUUGUAGAUGGGUCAUAUUCUGCAUGGAGGACGGUGACCAGUGGUGUGCUUCAGGGAUCUGUUCUGGGAUCCCUACUCUUUGUGAUUUUUAUAAAUGACCUGGAUGAGGAAGUGGAGGGAUGGGUUAGUAAAUUUGCUGAUGACACAAAAGUUGGGGUGUUGAGGAUAGUGUGGAGGGCUGUCAGAGGUUACAGUGGGACAUUGAUAGGAUGCAAAACUGGGCUGAGAAGUGGCAGAUAGAGUUCAAUCCAGACAAGUAGUUCCUUUUGGUAGGUCAAAUAUGAUGGCAGAAUAUAGUAUUAAUGGUAAGACUCUUGGCAGUGUGGAGGAUCAGAGUCCAUAGGACACUCAAAGCUGCAGCGCAGGUUGACUCUAGUUAAGAAGGCACACUGUGUAUUGGCCUUCAUCAAUUGGGGAUUGAGUUUAAGAGCCAAGAGGUAAUGUUGUAGCUAUAUAGGAUCCUGGUCAGACCCCACUUGGACUACUGUGCUGAAUUCUGGUCACUUCACUACAUGAAGGACGUGGAAACCAUUGAAAGGGUGCAGAGGAGAUUUACAAGGAUGUUGCCUGGAUUGAGGAGCAUGCCUUAUGAAAACAGGUUGAGUGAACUCAGCCUUUUCUCCUUGGAGCAACAGAGGAUGAGAGGUGACCUGAUAGAGGUGUACAAGAUAAUGAGAGGCAUUGAUCGUGUGGAUAGUCAGAGGCUUUUCCCCAGGGCUAAAGUCGCUAGCACAAGAAGGCAUAAUUUUAAGGUGCUUGGAAGUAGGUUCAGAGGAGAUGUCAGGGGUAAGUUCUUUAUGCAGGUAGUGGUGACUACGUGGAAUGGGCUGCUGACAGCAGUGGCGGAGGCGGAAGUAAUAGGGUCUUUUAAGAGACUUGUGGAUGGCUACAUGGAGCUUAGGAAAAUAGAGGGCUAUGGGUAACCCUAGGUAGUUCUAAGAUAGGGACAUGUUCAGCACAGCUUUGUGGGCCAAAGGGCCUGUAUUAUGUUGUAUGUUUUCUAUGUUUCAAACUUCAGGGUCAGAGAACAACAGAAGUAAUCUUUAUUCAGAUUUGUCCCUGCAGGUCUGUGGGAGGGGUGGAGAGAGGAAUUGUUGCUUGUGGUCAGACCUUGGGUUUAAUGUAUAAGUUCCACUAAAUGAUUUUAAAAUGUUACCAAAAAAAAAAACCCUUUAAUUCAUAUAAAUGUUCCAAUGUACGUUUGAGAAGUCUUUCCAAGCAAAGUUGGAUACUAGGCCAUUAGAUAUCAGUACAAAUGUUUAACAGCUUGGUUAAAGAUGAGCCUUUUUAGAGGAAAGCUGAGGUUUAUGGAGGAAACUCAGGAGUUUUAAGCCCAAACAUCUGAUGCACAAUUCCUAAAAAUAGCUUUAUUUAAAUCAAUGAUGCACAAAGAGCAAGGAUUGAAUAUACACUUUGAAGGACUUAAGAGAGUGGAAAGACAGUAGUUCUCAUCAGUAUCCAACUUCAUCGGACCAGCUCGUGUAAUGUGACUGUGAUGCAAGCAACAUUUCUCUAAAUAACAUUAGUUUGCAGUCGGAAGUGAGUUUCAUAAUUUGGGGAAGAUGAAUCUAACGAAUUUUUGAUUUAAAAGAAACAUUAUCAGAGGGGAGAUAAACCUAAGGGAACUCUGGAGGCAUCGUUACUGAGUAUGUUCAAGAUAUUAAUAGGAUUUUAGAUAUUAAGGGAGUUGGAGGUAUGGGGUUACAGUUAGUUAGUGUCAGAUGUUUUUAAAAUAGAUUUGGUAUGGUUGAAUGGCAAAACAAGUGUGAGGAAUUGAAUGGCCCACUCUUGCAUCUAUUAUGUCUCAGCGAUUGUUGUCCAAUCCCAGAGGAAUGCACUGCCUUCUUGAACUGAUGCACUGUGACAGCUGUUUUGAGGAUUUCAAGAAUUUAUACCCAAUAACAAGAUAUCGGGUAUAUUAGAUAUAUUUUACAAUUGUGUUGGAGAGGAUGAAGUAUCAUGGAUAGCAGGGUCCCAGCAUCAAUACCUGUGGUGGUUCACCAAUCACAACCCAAUGAAUCUGAAAAUGACUAUCCCUACUAUUUUUUUGACUAUUAAUUGACCCUCAAUCCAUGCCAAUAUAUUAGUGCCAUCAUGCAUUCAAUUUUGCUUCAUAAUCUAUUGUAGCAUUUUAUCAAAGGAUUUCUGAAAGACAAAAUUCAACAAAUAGUUCACCCUUGUCUAUUCUGCUCAUUACAAUAUCACGAAAAAGUCAUAUGUGAUUACCUCAUUCAUAAAUCAUUGUUGACUACAAUUGUAAAUACAAUUUUAUCCAACUGCCCCAUCAGCAUUUUGACAAAAAUCCCUAGUCAGGGACAAGGCAUGAAGCAGUGGGGGACUAAACCUAUAUCAACUGCUUCCUUCCUGAAUGUUGCAGGUUUAAUCCUUCACAAGAUAUGGUCAACAACAGUAAUCCAGUACCCUUUGCUGUAUGUUCUCUAUCCAGCUCACUCUAAUAGGCCAAAGUUGAGCUAUUGCUUACAGCUGUUCAGGCAGGCUGGACAGCAGAGAAUCGACUCGACCAGAAAGUUUUAUUUCAUAAACUGAAAAAUAGUCUAAUAUCUGAGAGCUGGAUCAAACUGUUAUUGCUUGGAGACAGAAUACAUCAAAAAUUAACUCGUGCUUGCAGCUAGUACUUGGCUGCCUUGUUUCCCUCCAUUCCAUUGUAAAUCAUGAGAAAGAGAACCAUAGAAUUGGGAUUUAAUGCAAGAAAAGCCACAAGAAAAACUAAUGCACUCCAAGAUCCUUCAAUGAUUUUAAGGAGCUUAGAAUUUCUUUACAUGCUGACUUAAUCAUUCUGUGUUUUUUGUUGAGACUCAACAAUGUCAGCAAGUUUUCUGCCAUCAGUUCUACAUUUGGAUUGUUGACAAAAAGCUUGCUGUUCUACACCACCUAGUGGAUAGUUGUGGAGUAACAGCCAAAUCAAAAUACUUUUCAAAAAACCCUUAUAUUUAGGAUUUACCAUGUACAUAACUGUCCACAUUUUUAAGGUUUUGUAUUAGUGAAUUGUUCAAUUAAAUCAGAACAUCACAUUUAUGAAAUCCAGUAACAACCUCUCCAUUUCUCUGCAUUUUAUCAAAAGUUACAAUUUUGCAUAUUAAUAUGCAUUUUAGGAUCCUUGUAGAUGACAGAGAUAAAUGUUUUUCAUGUAGGAAACUCCAUUUAUAUAGUAUGACGUGUGAGUGUUUAAUUGUGACAUUGUGUUUCCAUAAAGUUUCCAAUUAUCCAACAAACUUGUAUGUGGAGGUUGUUGAGGGUAGUGGAUUUUCUUGGGUCUUUCCACGACUGUAACAGAUCAUUUGGUUUAAAAGAAUUGUCAAAAUUGGAUGUAGCGAUGAAGUUCCAACCUCCACCUAGUUGCACAAUAUUUGCUAACUAAAGUUUCAAGAACAGAGCAUAAAUCUAGGAUAAAAUAUGUUUGAAAGUUACAAGGGGUGAUUGAUAAGUUUGUGGCCUAAGGUAGGAAUCAAUUUUAGAAAGCCUAGCACAUUUAUUUUUCAACAUAGUCCCCUCCUACAUUUACACACUUAGUCCAGUGGUCGUGGAGCAUACGGAUCUUGGACCUCCAGGAAGUGUCCACAGAUGGGUGAUUGAUAAAUUCGUGGCCUAAGUUAGGAGAUGAGUUAUACAGCUCUCGUUACAUGCACACGCAGUUCAACUCUUUUGAGUGAUUAUGCAAAGUUAAGUUAAUAACUCAUCUCCUUCUACCUUAGGUCACAAACUUAUCAAUCACCCCUGCUGUGGACGCUUGCUGGAGGUCCAAGAUCCAUAUGCUCCACGACCACUGGACUAAGUGUGUAAAUGUAGGAGAGG